GACUCUUGCGACUCUUGUUCUGGACAAGGAUUUGAGGCUCUUGAUACCGAGACCAUCUGCACCCAUGUGCCCGACUAAAACAAGUGCCCAUACAGCCCAUUAAAGUGAAUUUCACAGCAUAAUAUAAUCAUCGCAGGAUAUGGCGUCCGCUUCCAAUUUACCCGCAAUUCGCGCAUGCCUCUUUGACAUGGACGGCUUAUUGCUCGACUCAGAAGAUAAAUACACCAUCGCUACCAACGAGGUUUUGCGCGAGUUUGGCAAACCGGAUCUGCCAUGGCAUAUCAAGGCUCAGAUGCAAGGUCGACCUGCACCCUUUUCCGGUGAUAUCCUGUUCGAAUGGGCGCAAUUGUCAGACAAGAUAUCGCGAGAGGAUUACGUUAAGAAGGUGUCGGCUAGUCAGAAGAGACAUUUCCCAAGCUGUCAACCUUUGCCGGGUGUGGAAUCACUACUUCAGACUCUAUCUUCACGAACGGCGCCGGCGAUUGAGAUUGCUCUUGCUACCAGCAGCCAUUCAUCGAAUUUCAAAUUGAAGACGGAUCAUCUCACUGAUCUAUUUUCCGUCUUCAGCCAGGAGCAUCGCAUUCUCGGCGACGAUCCUCGGAUCCCUAAGGGACGUGGAAAACCGGCGCCAGACAUCUACCUGCUUGCAUUAGACACCAUCAAUGAGCGGCUCCGGAAGGAGCAACAACCGGAGAUUAAGCCCGAGGAGUGUCUUGUCUUCGAGGACAGCGUACCCGGAGUCGAAUCCGGGAGGCGAGCCGGCAUGCAAGUAGUAUGGUGUCCCCAUCCCGGUUUGCUGCAAGAGUAUCGCGGACGGGAGGAAGAAGUCUUGGCUGGCCUGACUGGCGAGUACAAAGACUUGACACAGCCUUCCACUUCAGAGGGCACAUCUUCCGGUACCCCGAACACACCAAGUGCGGGUGCCACUGGUCAGAUUGGCGAUAGAUACGCGCGCUUGGUCCCUACACUGGAGAACUUCCCCUAUGAGAGCUAUGGUAUCCGGGUGCAAGAUCAAGGUGCCAAACGAGCGAGUCAUGUUUAGAUUUCUACGCUGGGAAGGCAUUCC